AGGCCGCAACUACACGUGCAAUGUUUUCAUCUGAAGUUACGUGAAACUCGCUGGGUUACUGAAAGAGCUUGAGGUACUGGUUCUCAAGAAGGUUCUAGAAGGAACAUGUCGGUGGUUUGGGAUAUCUUCCUGGGAUUCUUCUUUCAGAACUGGGUGUACCUCAUCAUAGGAGCUGUAGUUAUCCUUACUAUCAUGGGAGGAGCAGGAGUAGUGUGGUUUGUGUACUGUUCAGACAGAGCAAAGUCCUACAAAGUUAGACCGCUACCACCUCAGAAACGAAGUGGCAGAGCAGAACGAGUCACGGAGAUAGAAGAAGUGGCGCCUCUCCCGGCGCCAGAAGACGCAUUUGCACUGCCCCCUCCAGUUCCAGAGCUACUCAGAUCCAUGAGGAGGGAACGGAGUCGACAGGAAUUGGGAGCAGAUGUGACGUUACCACCUAUUCGUAUGACGUCAUCAAAAAGUCAACAUGAAGAACUCAUUGGACCAGGGCAACUUGUGGAAGAAGAGGGAACAAUAAGUAGAGCAACUACCACAAUCAAAAACAGAGCAACAACCCUUGAUCAACUGAGAAGCAAAUCAGAACUGGACAAACAGAUGAACAGAUCAAUGAGUGUGGAACAACGAAACAGAGCAGUAAGAAUGGACCAACAAAACAGAGCAGUAAGUGUGGAACAACAAAACAGACCUACUCAGUUGAGGCUGGAACAGCAGCUGAGUGCGACACCACGUGACAUUGUGCCAUCACUAGACCCUGACACUUCAUCUGAAGAAGAAGAGGAUUCAGUGAGUUCGUCAGCUAAAAAGGGAGCCAUCACUAAAAGAUUAUCAGCUCCUUGGAUAUCUCCAGAACAGGAGACCCCUACCAUUCCUUUCAGAUCCUGUGACUCGUUUGUCUUCAACCAGUCUCCUGCUACAUACAGACAAGCUCACCGGUCAGGAAUAGAAGAGGAACAGCUCAGCAGCCCACCACCACGUGACGUCAUCACCAAACCACGUGACGUCAUCACACCCGCGCCUGUAUCAGCCAAGACUCCUCGCACUAGUUUCGCGUAUCAGGCCGAUCGAAGGCCCUCACGUGACGCAAUCAAAGCUCCACGGAACUCCUCACGGGACAUCGUCAAGCCGGAGCGAAGUCUAUCGAUUGACGUUAUCAAAACAUCACGUGAAGAUUUAGGCAAGUCUCGGACGACUCUACAUCGAAGCGAAACUCAUGGGGCCAUCCAAACUAAAUCUGAGAGUAGAACACUGCCACGUAACGCAGCACCACCUGACUUCUUAGCAAAUCUACGUGACGUCAUAGCGGCACCACGUGACGUCAUGGCGGCACCACGUGACGUCAACAGGAGACCAAGUGAGGUCAUCUCACGACCACGUGACGUUACCAAAAGAGCACGUGAUGUAAAUACAGCGCCAAGCCAAAGAAAUAGAGCAAGCAGAGAUGACAACCGGUUCUCAACGCAACUCUCAAUGGGGGAAAUCUCUCCGAAACAACAGAACGGUCCCCUAUUCCCUACAUUAGAGGAGCAGCAUGACAUGAUACAUAGGCCACGUGAUGCAUACGUCGACCAAUCAGAUUCUCCCGAGAUGAGAAUGUACGAGAACAACAGGGACACGGUAAGAAAACAUCAGAAUAAUGACAUGGAUACGUAUGCUGAGGGGUUUUCCCUACCAAAGUACACUACAGUGAACAAAUUCCGGGACAAUAGUCAACCAACGAGUCCUGUACCACGUGACGUCAUGACUACACCACGUCACGUCAUGACAACACCACGUGAUGUUAUGACAAGUGACGUCUUGGCACCAUCACGUGACUUAAAACGGAGCAACACGGUAGCAGCACCAUGGGCACACGAAACGGAACAAAUAGAGUAUAGUAGGGAGUGUAAUUUGGACUACAGCUCAGAAAAUGUGAAUUACACCGCUGGAAAUAUGGACCAGUUCGUAGUGGACCAGUUUGGGUCACUUGAUCGUCGGUAUGAGGAUUUAUCUCAAUCUGAGGAUGAUUCAGAAUUUAUGGAACCGACGAUUUAUGAAAAUCAGGAAGCAGGGUUUCAUAGGGGAGACUUGUAAUGGCGGAAUUUUGUACAUUAAAAGGGGCAAACUUAUGGCGUUUUGUCUUUUAAAUUUUGUUUUAUUUUUGCUAUGGUUCCAUUUGUAUAAAUUUUGUGAUUUACGACUUAUAAUUUCUAUGGUU